UUCGUUUUCUAUUACUUUUGUUUCAUCGAUUCACCUAUAAAAUUUGUAAAAAAAAGAAGGAAGAAAGUGUGUGCACGAAAAUAAAUAUAUUGAUAUAGAAGAGAAAAAAAGCAUAGAUUUGAAAUCCUUUAGAUCGUAUCGUGAGGAUAUCGGAGGAGCCUCCAAAAAAUAGACAAGAACGGAGUGUUUUAAUCGUGUGGGAAAGUAAAGGAGAAUAAAUACGAAAAGCAAAAGAGAGAAAGAGAGGGAGAUAGAUAGACAGACAGACAGAGAAAAAGAGGGAGCGAGCCAUUCUAAAGGUCCCUCUCUCCUUCUCUCUUUCUCUCUCUCUCUCUCUCUCUUUUUCACAACACAGCAAGUGGUGGGGAGUAAAAAUAUCUCUUUCUCUCUUCCUCUCUCUGCCUCUUACUCGACCCUCUGUGAAAUCCGAUUCCGACAAGCAAGCAAGGAGUCUCCGUCCCUUCUACUACUCUUCUACCCGAGCUCACUAGUCUACUUUCGUACUUUAUCGUGUUCGUUUCUGUGAUACGAGCGCUUCGUAACAUUGCGUGAAAACACGCGGUUCUUUCCACAGAGAAGACACCCCUCGAUACAUUCUUUCUUUCAUGGAGGAACUUUAAUUACAAGAAAAUCUCUUUUCUUUCGUUGCUAUAACACGUAUUGUGUGUGUGCGUGUGCGUGCGUGCGUGCGUGUGUGUUUUGCGUGUCGCGUGUGUGCGCGUGCGCGCGCGCGCGUCUCGUGUGUAACAGUAUCUUGGAAAGGAGCACAAAAAAGACACAUUUUUUCCUUGCCGAAAAAAAGUGCAAUUAUGUCGUCAUCAACUUCUUCGGAUAUAAACUUCAUGGAUUUACUAUUUUCUCGCGAAGACGCCUUCCUUAAAGACGUUGUUAAGGAUGAGCCUUUCGUCGAUCACAAUUACACUGACGACGCCAUCACGACGGAAGAAUGGCCAACGAAUCCGGAUGAUUUCUUGGAUUCGAUCUUCAAAUUAGAAGAUAACCAAUUCAACCUGAUCGAGAACGAUUUAGAGGCAAUUCCAUCUUCCUCAUCGGACAGUGGACUGUCCAGUGCUCUGAGUCUAUCGUGCGAGCAACAAUUGAGCCCUCUUUUACCGAUCGAAGAAGACCAAGCUGAAGUCUCGAAUUCAGAUUUAAGCAGUCCCCAGAAUUUUAUGGAUUUCGAUUCACUAGGAAGUCCAAAUCAAUCGAUGGGUAGCAUCGACAGUCCUAUAAGAUCGGUUGUCAGCUCGAAUAUAGGAUCACCAGUCACGGAUGUUAACGAAGAAGUGGAGUUCGAACCAACCCUCGUAGCUGUGGUAAAUCCUAACAAUACCGUUCCUGAUUCUACUCCUGUCGUAACGACGGAUCAACAACCGACGGUUAAUAUAGAAACGCUAAUUAAGCAACAGGGGCAUGUGACGCCUCAGGAAAACACGGUGAAUGUUCGCAAUCUGACGUGCAAUGGAAAGAGAAACAUAAGGCAACUAAUUCGUGUUACACCAAUGGGAUCUGGUAACCCUAGAUCAAUUUUAUUACCCGUUAGCUUAAAGGACAUGAAGGAAGUACGAACGAUAAAAAUAAUAAAUGCAUCGCAAGCCAGAAAUCUCAAAGGUUUCAAGAUAAAUCAAGCGAAUAUCAUUAACAAACCUGUCCAGAUGACCAUUAAGCAAGAAGAUUCCAGCAGCGAGAAAGGUUGUAAUUCGAGUGACGAAAUUUCGGAAACAGAUUCACCUUAUCCAAGAUUAAAAUUAAAUGCUGAAGAAAAACGUCUUUUACAAAAGGAAGGAAUAACGUUACCGACUCAUUAUCCGCUCACGAAACACGAGGAACGCGAGCUGAAAAGGAUCAGACGUAAGAUUCGCAACAAGAUAUCUGCUCAGGAUUCGCGUAAAAGAAAAAAGGAAUACGUGGAUGGACUGGAGGAUCGUGUGAAACAGUGCACGGAAGAAAACAUGACGUUGCUCAAACGUAUAAAAGCACUCCAGUCGCAAAAUCAGAGUCUAGCCGGUCAACUUAAGAGACUCCAAGCAUUAAUACAGAAAAGCAACAAGAGCGCUCAACCAGCGACUUGUCUAAUGGUCCUAUUACUUUCGCUGGCUCUCGUAGCUGUUCCAAAUCUUCGACCACACUCAAAUUCCAACAAUGAACUCACGAAGGAACAGGAACAACCUGAAAAGAUGCCUCCUCUUGCAGGUCGCUCGAGAACACUCCUUUAUACGAAACAAUUAAAGGACGAAGAGCUGCAACAAUAUGGCGAGGAAUUGUUGCAGGAGGUCGAAGGUCUUUUGGAUCACGAUUACAGUCCGGUUCAGAUGCCUCCUUACAAACGUCCUCGCAUUGAGAACGAAGUGAACAAUCAGAAAUUCGCUGCUUCUUCCGAUCAAGUUGGUGGUACGUUAGGUGGUAUACUUGGGGGCCAAGAAAUGCCGUUUAUGAAACCGAGCAAUCGAAAAUAUAUUGAGCCACCAUUGGACGACGUUUGGCCACCACCUAAUCCAGGCGGGAAAACGGAACCUAAAGUGGUCGAUAAGCUUGAAGCUUUGACCAAUGAACUAAAGAUCAAUAUAUCGGAUUCAGAAGGCACCAGAACCGUCCUCGUAAAGGUACCUCAUGAACAGUGAGGUACCAUCUUUCUAUCCUUCUUUCUUUCUUUUUUUUUCUUUCUUUCUUUCUUUUCCUUCCUUUCUAGAGAUAACAACAACAAGAAAGAAUAAAUAUUGUUUAAAUGAUAUCGAAAGGUCGCGAAAGUACGCAUAUAUCUCAAUGGUUUUCGUCGUAACUUUCGGAUUUCUAAGAAACAUACAUCGAUAUACUUAGCGACAAGGUUAAAAGAUUAAUAGCGAAACAAAUUGAAACGAAACAUUAAGAAUUUAAUAUAUUCCUCUAAUAAUACACAUUAUUCGUUUUACUUUAAAUAAAUGUUUAUUAUACGAGAGGGUCGAUCAUGGAAUAUUAUUAUAGAAUCGUCCGAUCAGCGUUAGUUUUAAUAAUCAUAUAUAGAAAAUAAAAAAUAUGUUAACUAUCGGUGGAACUGUUAACAAUAAGAUUAUAUCGUCAUUGUACGGAAAGAGAGAAAAAAUAUCAUGUAUUAUUAAUUCUUUACAUGUUAAUGGAGGCUUUGGUAUUCUUCAUUUACUGAUAAGACACUUAUCGAGUAAAACUUGAAUUUCAUUGUUAGUGAUAAAAUAUGUCUUAUGAGGCAAUUAUAUUUAGAACAGAUAUCAUUAGGAAAAGCAGCAAACUUUUGUUCGUAAGGAGUAUAGAUUCUUUCGUUAUCUUUAAAAUCGAUGAUUCGAGUACCAUCAUUUUCUUUUACGUGUUAGUUAUAUCUCAAGAAAAAUAUCUAUUUAUAUGUUCAGUUCGAGGAAUUGAGAACGAUAAUCAAUAUUCAAUAAUAACCCAAUCAGUUUCGUUACAUAUGUUAAUAAUCAGAAAUUGCAUACACACAUAUACAUAUAUGCACACACAUACGCGCAAGCACACAAAUUAAAAAUAUUUAGAAGUAUUGCAGUAACAUGGAUAUCAAUUCAUGUGAUUUGUGCGCUCGAACUGAACACCAAUAAAUAUCUUAACUGUUCAUAUAUACAUUCGAAUGACCAUGUAGAUCAUGUUAUUAAUAGAGUACUCUUUUUUAUCUAUAAUACAUUAAGAAAUAAAUAAUCAUUCGUUAAAGGCAAGAAUCAAGUUGUCUUUUCUGUCGAAUCAUCGAAGAUUCGAAAUUCUUAUUCAAACAAGAUGUUUCUCUUAAUUAACCAUUUUAGAUAAUUUAUAGAAAGCUUGUAUUCAUGAAACAUUGUAUGGAUGGCUUAAAGUCAAUCGGAAUCUUGUAACGAGUAAUAUUGUUGUCAUAGGCAGUAAUACGAUUUUUGUAAAUAUUUGCAAUUGUAGAGUAUAUGAAUGACAAAGAUAUAUAUAUAUAUAUAUAUAUAUAUAUAUAUACAUAUACAUAUAUAUAUGAAAAUAUUUACCAUUAUAUUAUUAUUUCUUUUUUAUUAUAUUAUAUUAUAUUAUAUUAUAUUAUAUUAUAUUAUAUUAUGUUAUAUUAUAUUAUAUUAUAUUAUAUUAUAUUAUAUUAUAUUACAGCUUUAAAAAUUACUUUUUACGAAAAUACAAUGUGUAAUUUUAGGCACGUUAUUAUGCAAAAGAAAAAUAUUUAUAACGAUGUACGGUAGAAUACCCAUGAUCCGUCGAUAAAAAAAAAAGACAAAGGUUAUAUCCUUAUGGAAAUAACGCAUCAUGGGAUAGUCUUACAAUGCAUGCUUUGUCUUUGUUGUUGUAAGAAGAUAAAAACGAAGGAAAGAAUAGAAAGAUAGGAAGUAGAGAAGAUAGAAAAUCGUUUCUUGAACAGUUAAGAAAUUCUAGAAAGAAAAACGGUACCCGUUAAGUUAGUUAAGUUUUCAAUAAUAACAAAAAAGAAAAAAGAAAAAGAUUUCAAUAUAUAAGAGUAAAAAGUUAAGCGUGUAUUUUGCACCAAAUGCUAAGACUGUAUUGUGUAAAUCGCAUGCCGACAUUCUUUACUUCAAGAUAAGAAAGAAAAUGAAUUCAAAGUAUUCCUCGCCUGAUUUUUAUUUUGCGUUAUUAAAAUUUGAUUAUAAUUUUUAUUACUUUGUAUACGGCUCGCGACGCGCGCGUUCACAUAUGAUAUAUCAUCACUACAUACAUAGAUAUAUGCACGAAAUUGUAAAUAAAUAUAUCGAAAAAGUA